AUGGCGCUGAGAGAGGCCAAGGACACAGCAGAAAAAGAGGCCAUGUAUUGGAAGGAGAAAAAUGCCAAACAACAAGAAGCAGCCCAGCAGGAAAUGGACCACUUCAGAAAGGAACAAGUGCAGCGCCUACAGGAACAUCAUGAUAACUGGGAAGGAAGAAUGAAGGAGAUGCAAGCCCAAAUCACUUCCCAGGAGCAGGAAAAGAAGCAGCUGAGGGAAAAGAGUAAUAGGCUCGAGAAUGAUCUUCAUCAAGUGAUAGAGGACUUGGCCAGAUGCAAGGAAUACGCAAUGCAGUUGGAGAGGGAAAAUGCUCACCAGCAGCAGGAGAAAGUGAAAUAUGGGGAAGAGGAGAUGUGGCUGAGAGAGCAGAUACAUACCAAAGAUGCACAGCUGGAAGAAGUAAGAUUGUAUAAUGAAGAGAUUGAAAAGAUGAAGGCUUCAGAAGAGGAAGAAAUCACAAGGCUAAUAUUAAGAGAUAUUCAGAACCAAGAGGAACUGGCUACUUUGAGGUCCAGUAAAGAGGAUGUAAGAUGUUUGAUAAGAGAGCGAGACACCCUUCAAGAGGAGGUAGACAAACUCAAGAAAGAAGAGACCAUUCGUAAAAAGAAAAUGGCAUGGCUGAGAGGAGAAAGGGAUGACUAUCGAAUGAAACUUAACGAACUUGAAAACAGACUCACACCGUUGUCAAGAAACUUAAGUGAGAAGGUCAAUGCUUGUCAACGAGAAAUAGCUGAACUGAAGAGCAAGGAAGCCACACUGCACGAGGAGGCAACACAGCUGAGGAGAGAGAGGGACCUGUACAUAGAUGAAGCAAAGGAGAGAGAAAACAGUUACAUCGAUAAAAUAAAUGAACUGAAGUGGAGUGAAAACAAGAUCACAGAGUUACAGCAAGAGAGAGACAACUUGAAGGGGGAAGUAGAUCAGCUUAAGCAGGCGACAAGCACAGAGGAAAGAAAAGAGAGAGACAGCUACAAAGAGGAAACAAAGAGACUCAGUAAGGAAUUAUCUGCCCUGGAAUAUAAGAUGAAAGUUGUAGGAAGAGAGAGAGACAGCUACAAAGAGGAAGCAGACGGACUCAAGACAAGGGAAGAACAAUUUAACCAGAUGACCGAGAGAGACCUCAACAGAAGGAUGGAAGAGAGUAGGAUGGCACAGAUGGAGCUCAAGAUACAGAACUACAAAACUAAGAUAGUGGAACUUGAAGGGAAAAACAAUACACUGAAAAAACAGAUGGAGAGAGAGAAAGAGAACCACCAGCAGAAAGUAGACGCGGAAACAUCACGCCUGCGGAAAGAGAAUGAACGGGUUGGUGGGUACAGGCGGAGAGAAGAAACACUGGGGAAACAGAUAGAGGAAAUGGCAACAGAGAGAGAGGACCUGAUACAACAGCUGCUGCGUGAGAGAGAUGAGGUACAGAAACUCGAGAGGAGAGAAAACGCACGAGAAAAACAGCUGACGGAGACAAUAACAGACAGAGACAUGUACAAGAGGGAGAGAGAUGAGUACAAACAGACCGCAGAUAAACUCAUGAGAAAUAACUUCACGCUGACAACUGAGAGAGACUGCUGUAUAUCGGAGAGAGAGCAGGAGAGAGGCAAACAUAAAGAGGAAGUAGAGAGACUUAAAAGAACCCACAAUAAUGAGAUGAGGCUAAGAGAGGAGAGAGAUCGCUAUAAGAGGGAAGUACAGCGUUUGAAGGAGGAGCUGGAGGUGGCGUCAGGGGCAGCAACGACCCGGCAUACGGAGGUUAUAUGGCCAAAGAAGGACCUGGAAGACAUCCCGCCACCUCCGGCACCCUCGCAUGGGGCAGAGGAUAUUGAGAUGGUGACAGUUGGCUUGAGGAGGAAGGAAGAGGAGGACGAGGAGGAGGUGGCAACACUGGGGCUGCCGAACCUUGGGAACUCCUGCUACAUCAACGGCGUGGUCCAGUGCCUCUACCACCUACCGCCCCUCAGGAACACCCUCGCCCAGUGCACCGACCUCCAGUACCAAGAUCAGCCUGGGAUGGGAGUGGCCCAUGCCCUCGCACAGCUGUUUGGGACCAUGAAGAGCGGUGAUAACUCGGUGAUACGCUUUCCUUUGAGGGAGUUGAAGCAAGUUCUGGGUAGCCAUGACGAGGCCUUCGGGGGCAAACGGCAGCAGGAAGCUCACGACCUCUUCUCUGCUAUCGCGACAUGGCUACACAGCGAUCUUAGGCAGUAUGACGCCCCGGACACCUCUCACGGCUCAUCCCUGUUUGAAGGGUGGCUGGAGACAAGGAUGGUGUGCCCGGAGCAAGGCAAGACUCUCGCCCCCAACAAGGAGGCAUUCACCAGCAUCUCCCUGCCGGUGGUGGGGGUGAACACGUGGUCUCUGAAGGCUCUUCUGGACAAGCACUUCAGGACACAAACACUGAAAUGGGACUGUGACUCAUGCUGUUACCCCCACCAGUGUGACCACUUAACGCACUUACUCACCUGCCCCCAUGUGUUCGUCAUCCACUUCAGCAGGGUUCGCGAUUCCAAAACCCGCAGGAAGACCAAGGUGGAUUUCCCGGUGUCCGAACUCUCCCUCCAGAAAUACAUGGUGUCGGACUCCCCUCGGUCGCCCACGUACAAGCUUGUCGGCGUAGUCUGUCACCACGGCAGCAUGGGAGGGGGACACUACACAGCCUACUGCAGGUACGGGAAAGGACCGUGGGGUAACAGGUGGAGGUUUUGUAAUGAUGAUCGGGUAUGGGACGUAGAUGAGAGGCAAGUUCUUAGUGACGAGAAUGCCCACUUGCUUUUCUAUAUCCAGCAGUGAUUUUGAGGUGAAAGAGGAAGGUGUGCGUGUGUGAGUGUGUGUGUUUUUGUGACAAACGAGGCAGCUCAUGAACAAAAAAAAAAAUAGGAAUGGGGAGCAGUAUGCGGAACAGGAAUCAGAAAUGGAGUGUUUUGAGGAUCCAGAACAUCAAGAGUGGAAUGUAAAAUGGAGUUAGGGCAUAUUAGGAGUGACUUGUGGAGUGAGGAAUGAGUGAGGAGGAAUAUAAGGAAUUGGAAUCAUAAAUGGAGUGUUUUGAGGAUCCAGAACAUCAAGAGUGGAAUGUAAAAUGAAGUUAGGGCAUAUUAGGAGUGACUUGUGGAGUGAGGAAUGAGUGAGGAGGAAUAUAAGGAGUAGGAACCGAAAAUGGAGUGUUUUGAAGACCCAGAACAUCAGGAGUGGAAUGUAAAAUGAAGUUAGGGCAUAUUAGGGGUGACUUGUGGAAUGAGGGCAGUGAGGAAUGAGUGAGGAGGAAUAUAAGGAAUAGGAACCGAAAAUGGAGUGUUUAGAAGAUUCAGAACAUCAAGAGUAGAAUGUAAAAUGAAGUUAGGGCAUAUUAAGGGUGACUUGUGGAAUGAAAGGAGUGAGUGAGGAAUGAGUGAGGCAGAAUAUAAGGAAUAGGAAUCAGAAAUGGAGUGUUUAGAAGAUUCAGAACAUCAAGAGUGGAAUGAAAAAUGAAGUUAGGGCAUAUUAAGGGAAACUUGUGGAAUGAAAGGAGUGAGUGAGGAAUGAGUGAGGCAGAAUAUAAGGAAUAGGAAUCAGAAAUAGUGUUUAGAAGAUUCAGAACAUCAAGAGUGGAAUGAAAAAUGAAGUUAGGGCAUAUUAAGGGAAACUUGUGGAAUGCGGGGAAAUAUCAUGAAUAAGAACCAAAAGUGAAAUGUUUACAGCGAAGGAGACAGUUCAAGGGCGUAAAGAAAAAUAUAUAAAAAAAAAAACCUCGCUAAUUAAAUAAAAAAAGCCUGCUCAUUAAAAAAAGCCCGCUAAUUAAUAAAAAAAAACGCUAAUUAAACCCCUCCCCCCCGCUAAUUUAAAAAAACGCUAAUUAAACCCCUCCCCCCCCCCGCUAAUUAAAAAAAAACGCUAAUUAAACCCCUCCCCCCGCUAAUUAAAAAAAAAAAUCCCACUAAUCAUUAAAAAAAAAAAAGCCUGUUUAGAAGAUUAAGUGCAUAUCAGGAGGCAUGGAAGAGAGUAAGACUGUAAGGAAUGUAAGACAGAGGAAGGUGUUUUAGGGGUAACUUGUAGAAUGAGAGGAAUGAGAGAGGAGUGAAAGGGAAUGGCAGCUGUCAGGAGUCGAGUGUAGAUACGAGUGAUUUACUUUGUCGAUUAGAGGACUUUGGUAAGCUUGUAAACUCUUCAUAUCUCUGUAGUGUGAGUACCAAUGAUAGUAGUUGUAGUAGUAGUAGUAGUAGUAGUGGUAGUGGUAGUUGUUCAUUCCCGUCGUGUUUAACUUAUGAUUCGAAAAAAAAAAUAUCGGUAGUGUACUUGUGUGUUUCGUGUUCUGAGUUUUUAAGAGUUUUCGUCGUAAUAAAGUUCUUUUGUAACGAA